AUGACGACUUCCUCGGCCUCUGUCAUUUGCCCGAUACCUCCAUUGCCAAAUAAGCGUGGGCAGGGAGCGAUCGGUGCGGAUCUCAUCAUCACCUACCAUUCCGACUUAGCCCAGUGCGAAAUCCUCCCAGCUGGCUCACGCUAUACGAAUGCAGGGAACUUCAAGGCUGGGACCUUCCUGCCUUUUAUUCAGCCUGCAUUCAUUCUCGACCUCUAUCCUUUGGAUGGAUGGGAGACAGAAGAAACUGAAUCUGUGCAGGUUGCGCUGGCACUACCGCGUGAUGGCGGCUUGACUCCUAUUGUCCCUCGACUCCUCGAUGGUAGCGAUGAAAGUGCCCCCUGGCCAAACUCUUCAGCACAUAUAUCCCUUGCCGGCCCUGUCGAUCUAGAUACCUUCCAUAUCAAGGAGGAUGUCUGGCCAGAGCCGCUGAGCAAGACUUCGGUGUUCAUAAAGCUAGGUUCUUACUUAGUGCCAGAAAACGACCGCCCUCCUCACAAAGGCGUACACGUAUGCCACGUCCUCCUCCUCUUCCCCGUAGAGCAACAACCAUGGCAUUCUCUACUCGGGUGGAUGCGACAAGCUGUGAACCCCUUUCCUAAAGGGUCGUGGAUUGUAUGCAGCGGUCGCGUCUUGGGGGUCCUUAACCGCGACCUUAUCCAAGGCCCUCAAGUCGUCGAUUCCACCGUCCGGAUCUUAGUAAUUCUCCCCGACGAUUGGGAAUUCGUUCGACAGAGUACCCUGUCUACACAUAAUACAUACAUGCCCACAUCGUCGAAUCCUGUCAAUGAGUCGCCUACGCCACCACGACCAGCUGGCCCUGGGGGCGUUGCAAGCAGAAACCCAUUCUCGUCUCCAAUCCGCGGUCAAAAGCAGUCUCCGCAAAGGAAAGCUGCUUCCCCGACACUGCCAUCAAAGCACGAUUGUACGGAAAAUGGUUCAGACACAAAGCAAAUGUUGGAUGACCAACUCGAUCCUACUUCCCCUACUCCCACACGUAAGAGGAAGCAACAAAGCACUCCUGAGCCAAUGCGAAGCAAGAGAACCACAGCAAGAAAAAGGAGGGCACAGUUAUAUGACUAG